CAAUGUCUCUUUCAGGAGAGGUAACACAGGACGAACUUUUAAGUAGACUUCAGCAAAUCAAGGAUGGUCCAGAGCAGCCGAAUAGCACCCCUAGUGCCCCCAGUACUGAAAGUGGAGUGGAUCCAGUUGAACCACCAGAAAACUCGGAGGAUCCUGCAAAUGGGGAUAGUCUCUUAGACUGGCUGAACACAGUGAGGCGCACAGGCAACACAACCAGAACUGGUCAUCGUGGAAACCAGUCAUGGCGGGCCGUGAGCCAGACCAACCCAAACAGUGGUGAUUUCCGCUUCAGCCUGGAAAUCAGUGUGAACCGCAACCUGGCUGAACAGCAGGCAGCUGCUGAAGGGGAGCAGGAAUCUCCACACGAAUCUCCACAGGAAACCCCGCAGGCAACUUCAGAAGAAACCCCAGAGAGUGAAGAAAUGGUGGCUAAUGUUGAACCACUUGUGGUGGAGGCUGAACCACAGGUACCCAUGGAGACGGACGUGGUGGAAGAACCGGUUGUAGAGGAAGUGGCUGUGAUAGUUGAGCCGGAGCUGGAGCUGGAGCCGGAGCCGGAGCCGGAGCUGGAGCCGGAGCCGGAGCCGGAGCUGGAGCCGGAGCCGGAACAGGAACCAGAGCCGGAGCCGGAGCAGGAACCAGAGCUGGAGCAGGAACUGGAGCAGGAACCUGAACCAGAGCAGGAACCAGAACCUGAACCAGAGCCUGAACUAGAAGAAGUUGUUUCACAAGAGAUUUUAGGAGAACCUCUCCUCUCAACUGCCGCCCUGCCGGUACAACCACCACAACCCCCACUCUCUCCUUCUCCACGCAGAGGACAACGGAGAGCCCGCAGCCGUAGUCCAGAACCCCGCAGGACCAGGGCACGCACGGCCAGGAGCCGCUCCCCUCUCAACCUGGAUCGCCUGGAUGGCCUCCCGAAUCCACGUCAUGCUCACAGCACUCAAGGCCUCAACCCUGCCACCAAUGCUCCCCCUGUGCUUCAGGUGGAGGGCAGUUCACGGACUCGACAACACGUUCUUUCUAGGCAAAGCACUGCUGACGUUGAUGUUCAGCCAUCUAGGGCUAGUGCAGAAGUGGUCCCAGAGGCCCAACCUGUAGGAGCUCAGGAAGGAGAAGCUGCUGCAGGGGAAGGGGCCGCCGCAGGGGAAGGGGCCGCAGCAGGGCGCCGUCCCCCUACCAUUAUGCUUGAUCUCCAGGUGCGUCGUGUGCGUCCAGGCGAAUAUCGGCAAAGAGACAGCAUUGCUAGCCGCACCCGAUCACGCUCCCAGAACUCAAACAACACAUUUCUUUAUGAGAGUGAGCGUGGUGGAUUUCGCAGGACUUUCUCACGCUCUGAGCGUGCUGGGGUGAGGACCUACGUCAGCACUAUUCGCAUCCCUAUCCGAAGAAUCUCUGAUGCAGGUUUGGGGGAGGCCACCUCGAUGGCUCUCCAAUCUAUGAUUAGGCAAAUAAUGACUGGUUUUGGUGAACUCGGCUACCUCAUGGACUCAGACUCCGAUUCGUCAGAUUCAAACCGUGGAGCCACCACACCUGCGGAUCUGGCUGAAGCCCUCAACAACCCAGAAGCCAAUCCUGCUGCGGCUCCUGUUGCUGAUGUGGAAGAACCCCCUGUAGCUGCAGGAGUCAGAGCAAGGACAGCUGAGACUGAUACUGAGGAGGGUGUUGUCACUGCUCCCCCUGCCUCAGCUGGCAGGGUUAGACCACUACCACCUAUCAGCCUAGCGGAGCCCAGCUCAUUGCCUUUCUUGCGACUUGCUCACUUCUUUCUUCUAAAUGAUGACGAUGAGGACCAGCCCCAAGGGCUGACCAUAGAGCAGAUUGACAACCUCUCAAUGCGCAAUUUUGGUGAGAGUGAUGCCCUGAAGACUUGCAGUGUCUGCAUAACAGAAUAUGCAGAAGGUAACAAGCUACGUAAGCUGCCCUGCUCUCAUGAGUACCAUGUGCACUGCAUUGAUCGCUGGCUAUCCGAAAACUCCACUUGCCCCAUCUGCCGCAGUGCUGUCUUGGUGUCAGCCAACAGAGAGAGUGUUGUGUAGCUCAAAAAGACUGCAGGCCUUUUGUCCCAAGUACAUAAGAGGAUUUGAGGAAAUGUUUCUCCACUGUUGAAAUGGAUUUCCUUCAUACCAUUUGUGAGUUUAAAUCAUAAUGCAGUCACAGGUUUGUUUUGGGGUGCUCCAUAAAGUGACAUCGAGACAUAUUCAGUCUCUAUUUAGACAUUUAUAAUUGCAGUCCAAAGUUAGGCACAAGCAAUGCAUGCUGUUUGAAUCCACCUGUAGUGACCGAGCAGUUUGUGGCAGUGCAUAAAGCCAUGCACACAGGCGGCUCGGUAUCUCUUAAAGACCCCCUGGUUAUAAAUGCUGCACACCGGCAGGUAGUUCAGGCACAUCUGCUCUUUUCUAUUACCUCCUAAAUGGCGCCUUAUAUACCAGAAUUUGGGUAUUGGUACACUUCUUAGUUACACCAGUUCAAAGUAUUAGCUGUAAAUAAGCUUGUAAAAAUAAUUUUGAAUCAUACUUUGUAUUAUUGAAUUGAUUUUGGAUUGUAAAUUAUCUCAUGAAGAUUAAGGUCAAGUUGGCGGCAAUUACUCUCUAUCAGAGCAUCCCUAAAUUGACUGUUGCACCAAUUGGAGGUAUACACACAGCAGAAUUAUUUAAAGAUUGUGAUGUCCAAAGGUUGAAGGACAUUGAUUGGUUUGCCAUUUACAGUGUGACGUGUACUGUCAUUUUCUUGUUCACCAGAAAGAAACAACUCUAUUGGAGUGGCAUAUACCAUGAAAGGUUAAAGAAGAAUGUUGUACAGACAUAAGGGAAAGAUAAAUCCACCUAGGCUACCUUAUCAAAGUGUGAGUUUUAUUUUGGAAUCAUAAAGCAUCUUUAUUUUCUUGAUCAUUAAAAAUGCAGUAGCAGUAAUACCAUAAAAUUAGGGGUGUCUCUAUAUUGGUAGUAGAUAUUGGGUUGAUAUUAAGUUGUUGGCAUGUGAAUUUUCCCAACUUAAAAAUACUAUACUAAUAGGCAUGACAUGUCGAAAUACUUAGAUAUACUUUCUUUUGCUUUCUUCAUCCAUAUGUAAAAGAUUGUUUGCUUUUUAUUGUACAACUAUGAUUUCACAAUCGGUUUGUCCUGUCAUCCAUUAUCUACAGAUCUGAUCCUUUUUAUUUUUACACAUUGGGUUGUCUUUAAUUAUUGACCAAUGAAGUAAGUUAUCUAAGUUGUUUUUCGCACAGAUUGAAAUGACCACACAUUCACUUGAACUGUCAACUCAGCCAGAAUAGAUCUCUUUAGAACUUAAGUUAUUAACCCAAAGAGUUGAGUUUCAUAUGCCAACUAAGUCUGAAAACAUUCACACUAUUUUCCUUCUGUCUUAACAAGGCUCCAGUUGAAAGUCGUAAUGCUUGCCUCCUUCUACCCCAUGAGCAGAUGCUCCAUAUCAGUGUGCAAUACAUGCUUAAGUGAGAGUA